UUUAAAAUAGCAUAUAGUGGUCUCUCCGCAAAUAUUACCGCCUCCAAAGAAGUUGCCGUCCUUAAUUUUUUUGUUCAAGUUCUCUUAUUAAAAUCCUCCCCACAUUUUCCCUCAUUUUCCAUUUUUAUUUAAAAUUUUUUUUAAAUAUUCAGAAAUGUCUUCAUCUAAAUUAAAAUAUAAUUCAAAUAUUAUCACUAUUCUUCUUCAAACAGAAAAUUAUUUAUCAGAAAAUGAAAAAGAAAGUCCUCCAAUGCCUGGUAUUGGGUUUGGAAUUCAAGGAGAGAAGCCUUCUCGUUUGAUUGUCAUCCCUGGCGGUGUUGCUGAUCGGAUGGGAUUAAAAGUAAAGAUAAAAUGUUUUUGA